AUGGUGACAGUAACUAUUCUGGGCGCUGGGACAGCACCUCCCGGAGAUCCCUUUGAUAAAGACGACACGAGCCAAUGGGCAGGGGCUUGCUGGGUUGGGGUGCCCAUGUCCAGUCCCCGAGAUCAGCGCAUCCAGCUGGAAUCCUUUGCGGUUUUGUGGCGUCUUGCCAAGAUCUAUCCCGAAUCGGGUCUGAGAAGAAGCAAAAUGACUGAGAUAUUUGAGUACGGGGCUUGUGAGGAAAUUUGGUGCUCCUCGAAAAUUCCAGGUUUCAGAUGGCUGGAUGCCAAUGAACUGCCUGCAGCGGCUAGCUUCGGGAUGGAAUGUCAGACGCUUUGCAUUUCACCGCCCGUAUUCUUAUCCUGGAUGAGACAAAGACUCGAGGCUAGAGGAGUCCAGUUUCACCAUAGCAAUGUCCGUUCUUUAGCGGAGCUGAGGGACUUCGGCCAUGAUGUUCUUAUCAUUGCCACUGGCGCACGAACGAAGGACCCAAAUCUUGCCCCUUACCGAUUGCAAACCCUCGUUGCUAAGAAAGAUGACGAUGAAUGCUAUAUCUACCGCGGAAAUAGGGAAUACUAUCUCAACAUGUUUGGCAGACCUGAUAGCACCACGUUCAUCGGGGGAAUCAAGACGUUACGCGUGAAUUACCGCACGGUAUACGAUCAAGGCCGCCAGACAGUAAGUCCUCCCCUAUCGCCACCACUUACCACGGGAACUUGGUCCAUGAAGCAUGACACUGACCCUGGUCGAAACUCUAGAUUCUGGCGCGUGGACACGAAAAAUUGCCCUCAAUACUUCCUUCCCCAAAUCCGCAAAGGUUACGAAAUUCUGUACGACAUCGCGAACACGUAA